AAAAAUGGCGGCGACUGGUGACGAUGUAAAAGUGCAUCGGUUUCAUAAAAGAAUAUAAAUUUAAGUGAAACCGUAAUUGGAACAUACACGUCAAAAUGUCGAGACACAGACAAGUCCGUGGGAUGGACUUUGGCGAAGAUUAUGAGGGUUACUAUGAUGUCUAUGGGCAUUCUGUAGAAGAUGACUACUGUGUUUCACCCAGCACAGCAGCUCAGUUCCUAUAUCCAAGAGGCGAUAAGUCACAGCAGUUGGCUGCUUUCAUGGCAGAGGAGGGAGGUAUUAAGGAGGAGGACGAAGAGGAAGAGGAUAUCAAGGAGCCAGAAGAAAAGAGCUUAAGCCAGGUCAGAUCUCAGCUCAGCGAGACAGAUCAGGCUAAGCUUCUGUCCUGUCUGGAGGAAAUGCACAAUAUCCUGGGUGACAGCCAGCCAGAACACGUGCUGAUCAAUGCAAUCAUCUCUCAUCAAUUCAACCUCGACCAGGCUCUCAACACUCUGCUUCAAAGUAGCUCCACCUCAAAUGUUGCAACUGCUCUCCCACAACGGCAAGACAGAAGACAAGAAAGAGACUUGAAUAGUGAUAUUAUUAGCUCGGAGAUCGUUAGUGUAAAUGAAAUGGCAACAAAACCGAUAAGUGCUGGUGCAGAACUGCAUUGCCAGAAGUCGCCAUGCACUAGGACAAUAUCCGUUGACAAAACACCUUCAGCGCAUGAGGGAAGCAAAGCUGGUAGCGACUGGCUAAACCCUCAAACAGACGAGCAGCAAUCGGUUGUGCUAGGCAAAUCUUGUGGUUGUGGUGGUGGUGCACCCAAAACUUUGCUAUUCUCAUACUUGUCAAACGGUGAGGAGGAAGCUGGCAGUGCACCUCCUCUCACGAGAUCAGUCAGGAUACCGCCGGGAUUUGAGAAGAGUUGCAUGCGAACCAAAGAACGAUUGCUAGCCGAGCCAAAAUCCACAGGCCUGCUAGUGGCGUCACCAAGCACCACUAGGGUUGUUGCAGACAGUGAGUCUUUGGCGUCUUUGACGACUCUCUUGGACAAACAGCCCGUGUCUCUGUUUGAGUUGGCAGUUGGUGCAGACAAUGGUAAUCGCACGGAAGCACCUUCUCUGGCCGCAAUGGCCGCUGCUCACGGGUUAGCAGAGAGCGAUCAAGCAUCAGUGUGCAGUCUCGCUAACUUGAAAGAAACUGAGAUGCCUUUCCAUUCAGGGAGCAGCGCACCGCAAUCGAUAGUAGCGUCAACGCAACGUCGUACUCGCGUGCAAGCAUCUAGGAUUGCAGAGCACGGAGAGGCGAUGAGGCAGGAGAGAUUACCAGCGUCGCUGGCCGUCCUUGCUGCACUAGACAAGGGUGCUCCCUCCGGCGCACGGAUCGUAUCUCUAGCUGAUUUAGCCAGGCACGACUUGCACCUGACCGGAUCCUCUGUAUUGUCAGAUGUAGCAGCUGCUGGCGCUCAGAGGGCAGAGGAAAGUGUAGCUGCACUACCACAGACCUCACACGCCCAAUCCAAGUGCGUUGCUGACGCCGCUGCUUGUCACAGGGAUCCAUCUGUCACCUCACAUCGGCCACACACGUCAGUUAGUACACUACCAUUCACCCAACAUUCCACUGAAACUACUACCACAUUCGUCAACAUACCAAGAACUGUUACUACCAACUCACCGCUCACUCAGUUUUUAUUGUCAUCUCUGGCAUCAUCACCAGAUUGUAAGACUACCAACCCUCCGCCCUCCCAAUUUUCAUUGUCAUCAUUGGCAUCAUCACCGGAUUGCACGCCUGCCAAUCCACUGCCGUCACAGUUUUCAUUGUCAUCUCUGGCAUCAUCACCAGAUUGUAAGGCUACCAACCCUCCGCCCUCCCAAUUUUCAUUGUCAUCACUGGCAUCAUCACCAGAUUUUAAGACUACCAACCCUCCGCCCUCCCAGUUUUCAUUGUCAUCUCUGGCAUCAUCACCAGAUUGUAAGACUACCAACCAUCCGCCCUCCCAGUUUUCAUUGUCAUCUCUGGCAUCAUCACCAGAUUGUAAGACUACCAACUCUCCGUCCUCACAGUUUUCAUUGUUAUCGCUGGUAUCCUCAAUAGAUUGUAAGACUACCAACCCACCGCCGUCCCAGUUUUCAUUGUCAUCACUGGCGUCAUCACCAGAUUGUAAGCCUACCAACCCACCAUGCGCCCAGUUUUCAUUGUCGUCUCAUCCGUCUGUGCCACAUGGCGUUGUACUCUUGCCUGGUCAUGAUGCAACGUCUCUACCUCAGUGUGGUUGGGCUAGUGACAAUAAGUCACCUGCAUCCAUAGAUCGCGAGGAUCUUCGCACAAGCGCACCUCGCCCGUCGGCACACCAGGAAGUGAACUUCGACCUUUCAUUGACCGAUGGUUUUCCGUUUCGGCAACCUCAGUCAUCAACAUCCGGUGCAAACGUCAGUGCCUUGUCCAAAAAGCCAUCCGGAUUUGCGCAUGCUCUGUGCUGCAGACCGUCUGCUCCGUACCGUGUAAAUAUUUUUGAACCGAGCGACUUUUUGCUGCGGAGAGAUGGGUUGACCUCGUCUGAAGUGCGCAGCCAACCAAAUCUGUACUGGGUUCUGCGAGCUCUUUACCAGGCUGGCACGAAGGAAGGUGCAGAUGUCCUGUCUCUGAGAAGUAACUCUUAUGGGCAGGAAUCUGAAAAGGCAGAUCUGGAGGCGAAUCCAUCUGAUAGCCAUCCUGGCAUGGAUGCCGUGCCAUCUGGUAGCCAUUCUGGCAAGGAUGCAGAGCCAUCUGAUGGUCAUCCUGGCAGGGAUGCAGUGCCAUCUCGUAGCCAUUCUGGCAAUGAUGCAGGGCCAUCAGAUAGUGGGUCUGAAGUCGUGGAAUCAGAAGCUGAUUUAGACACAGCGUCAUGUGAUAGUUCUCUUGAUUCAGCAGUAACUACUUAUGUAAAUACAACUGCACCUCUGGGUGACUCAGAUACUCCAGAAUCAGUAGCUGGUAGAGAGGCCUGCUCUGACAUAAAGGCAUCAGUUACUGAUUCAGACUCUGAACAGAAACAAACUAGGAUUGUGGUACCAUUUGAUUUUGGCACACCUUCACCAGAUGACAUAGUGCUCAGUAGACAGAGAGAGGCUUUUCGAGAAGGCUAUGGGCAAAGAUCUCAACGAAAAAUGCCUGUCGUCCAGAAAGCGCCCAGUGAUCGUCUGCUUCCGAAGCCUGUGGUUGUGGUGCCACCUGGUGACGCGACUGCUCGCAUCACUAACUCUGUAGCGAUGAUCAACUUCAGUGGUCAAAGGACAGAGGGGUUUGAGAUGCCCAAGAAGGAAACUCGGUCUGGGUCUGGAUCUGGAUCUGGAUCGCGGCCGAUGUCGAGAGAACGCACGCCUGACAGGACGCCGGAGAAGUCUCCCGAGAAGACGCUGGAGGUGCCACCGAGGAAGACGAGAACCUUGGAGCAGGCUACAGAUGCCUCCUCGCCCGCGCCUGCUUCCACUCCGAGUCUGCCCAAGUCUGCUUCAAAGGCUAAAGGUUUAGACAAGCUGGACAUGGAAAUGGAGUAUGAGAAGCGGAAAGCAACGAAAAAACAGAUGCUGAACCUGGUUGUCAUAGGGCACGUAGACGCCGGAAAAUCCACACUCAUGGGCCAUGUUCUUUACAAGCUUGGUCAGGUGAACCAGCGAACAAUGCACAAGUAUGAGCAAGAGUCUCGCAAGCAGGGAAAAUCUUCGUUUGCCUUCGCGUGGGUGUUGGACGAAACCCCAGAGGAGAGGCAAAGAGGAGUAACUAUGGAUGUCGCUCAGACACAAUUUGAAACUGAUACAAAGUCUGUGACACUGCUGGAUGCUCCAGGCCAUAAAGACUUCAUUCCCAACAUGAUCACAGGGGCUGCUAGUGCGGACGUCGCCGUUUUGGUAGUUUGUGCAACGCGCGGAGAGUUUGAGACUGGGUUCGAAUCAGGAGGGCAGACAAGGGAGCAUGCAUUGCUGGUCAGGUCGCUAGGCGUUUCGCAGCUGGGAGUCGCCGUGAACAAGAUGGACACGGUCGGCUGGUCGCAGGAGCGCUUCGACGAGAUCACGCGCAAGCUGAUGCAGUUUCUCAAGCAGGCGGGCUUCAAGGAGAAGGACGUGAGCUUCGUGCCGUGCAGCGGGCUCUCGGGAGAAAACCUCGUCGCCGCUGCGACAGACCCGCUGCUGUGCAGCUGGUACGGCGGGCCGUCGAUGCUGCAGGUCAUAGACAGGUUUGCCGCCCCUCAGCGACCGGUCGACAAGCCGUUCAGACUCGUUGUGUCGGACGUGUACAAGGGCAUGGGUAGUGGCUUCUGCGUGUCGGGUAGGAUAGAGGCAGGCAGCGUGCAGACGGGCGAGAAGGUUCUCGUCAUGCCCACCGGCGAUAUGGCUCUUGUCAAAGCCAUACAGCUCCAGGAUGACUUGGUGACGUGCGCGUUUGCCGGGGACCACGUCAUAGUGACGCUGUUUAACAUAGAGAUGACGAGCGCGGCGAUCGGGCACGUGUUGUGCUACGCCGCACAGCCGAUACGCGUCGCGUCGGUGAUUCAGGCUCGCAUCGUCGUCUUCAACAUAGACAUGCCCAUCACCCGAGGCUUUCCUGUUGUGUUCCAUUACCAGAUGCUGAAUGAAACAGCCGUGAUACGUAAACUUAUCAGUCAGCUGCACAAGAGCAAUGGAGAGGUGAUCAAGAAGCGACCUAGGUGCCUGACGAAGCAGAGCAACGCCCUCAUAGAGCUGGCCAUCGAGCGGCCGAUCUGCAUGGAGCUGUACAAGGACAACCGCGACCUGGGCCGAUUCAUGCUGCGCUACUCCGGUCACACGAUCGCUGCUGGGCUCGUCACAGAGAUUAUAUCGUGAAUGCUGGCUGAGUGAUUGUUGCUAAAGCUGCAGACCUCGGACAGCCAUAGGUCAGUAGGUCUUGCGUUACAUCGGCCAUGUUGCUAUGUCCCUGCUAUGCAGUCUGCUCUAAGACUGGACUGUGGCAAUAAAGUUGCUAGGAGGCUACAAGAAUGCACAACCGUUCCUUAAAAUAUCAGGUUACCAGAAUGGGGGCGGUGAGAGCUUGCAGAACAAGUCAGUAGCUAGGCAUGUAGUCUAUUGCCAACAGAGUUUGCAUGCUCUAGUCAUUGCACUAGGUGGCAGCACUUGGAGAUUUCUGCUUUUUAUAGCAUUUGAGUGUAAUUGUGUGAUAUGUGCUGCUAUAUUGUAUAUCAUUUACUGGUUUUGGUAGCAAAAGUAGGUGCCACCAUGACAGAAUCAACUUGACGUGGAAUGCAAUUUCACAAGCUUAAUAUUUUUGUGGGUAGAAACUACUGUAUUGCCUAUCAAAGAGUACACCUGUAAUAUUCCUUAUGAUGGCAAUUUUUGUUAACUUAAUUCCCCUACUCAUGAAAGUAAACAUUAAGUAGGUGACUCCAAUGGUUCAACAAUCAAUAUAUUUAUAAUUAAUUAGAUGGGCUGUUUGAUAUGCAGGUGAAACAGCAAUUACUGAAUCUGCUAUUAUAAGAUCUUACUCAGCUUGACAGUCCAUGGUUCUGCUGGUAACAUCUCACUCUUAUGUGAGUGUGGAGAGUGGAUAGCCUCUGCCUACAUGACCUCGUGUCUAGGCACCCGAUGAGAACGGAAGAGUGAUAAUGUAUUAUGUUGUUAGCAAGUUGCUGGACGUACACAUUUGUAUCUUCAUUGUACAUAGUUGGAAUCGGUCUCGGAUAGAAAGUUAUAACACUAAAUUAUUUUGGUGGGUAUUGCAGGUCUGGUAUUGUUGUUUUUUCUCCUAGUCAUAUGGGUUUCGUAAACCAGAUGUUGAAAAACAAAAAAUAGCUUAGCUGCUUGCCAGUAUUGUGGAUUCUCUGUGUUACAGUGUGUGCCACAGUAAUGGCAGUGUGUGCUAUUUUACAUGCAGGAAACCUUUAACUAAAGAUAAAGUAAUACAACAAUAAGGAAGUAACGACCAUGGAUAUAGGAUUAGAGGUAGUGUAGUUAAUUAUCAUGAUCCUAAUCCUACAUCCAUGAAGGGACCAUAGCUGCGUUCACAUGGAGCGAAACGACCCGUGUCAAAUGCGUCCUGGGCCAAGCGUUCACACGGACUUUUUCUCGGUACAAAAACGACCCGAGCACCGGCACACGUCCCUGAUCAGAAUGAGUACGGCGGUAGACGUCGCCAGUGUCGAGAGCCAGAGUUUACACAGAGUUGCUGUGCGUUGAUUGUUUAAUUCGUAUUGUUCACGUGG